ACGUCUGAGAGCGUGGUAUUAUAAUAACCCUCACUCAGCUGCCAGUGAACAGAAUGUACCAGACUGGAGCAGAGCUGCAAGUGAAAGCAGAGGGAGUCUUCACCGGAGCUACAAGAGGGAUGAUUUGGUCCAUUAGCUGGAUUCAUUUAGUAGAUAUUUGUAACAUUUGACCCCCGUGCUGUGUCAGGGAUCAGUGAUGGAGGACUGAAUGGGUUUGGAGAGGACACUACGACUGACUGAUUCUCCUGUUCGUAUUUCUCCUUGAUGAGCCAGAGAAGAACAACACAGUAAGAAACAAAGCUCCUGGCCACAAGGUUUGGCUUCAGGGGCUCAUGGAAAAUCAGUCCUUUCAUCGUUUAAGAAAGAACAGGAGUUCUGAAAAGGGGAAUGCUACGGGAACACACCUGCCUGAUAGCUUCACCCUGGUGAAGCUGAAGCCGUCCAAGCAGCUGAAGCCAAUGAUCGGUGCAAUAGUCGUUGGGCUCAUCUUGUUCAUUGCGGCGGUGGUGGCUUGGUGCUACUACAUGGCAUCUCUCAGGAAGGCGGAGCGGCUAAAGACGGAAUUGAUGGACCUGAGGAAGGAUGGGUUCAUCAUCAAAAACCACAAUGGGGAGGUGGUCUUCAGACUGGCCUUCCAGUCAGGCACCCUCGACCUGGAGUCCUGCUCGAAAGAAGGGGAGAUUUUAACCUGCACCAAAUCAGACAGAGGGAAGCUGAAUUUCUUCAUUCAGACGGUCAAGCCCAAGGACACGUUGAUGUGCUACAGCGUCCACUGGGAGGAGUUUGUGGUAGACGCGGUGGUCGAGCACACCAUGUUUUGGGAGGAUGCUCAUUGGUAUGGGGGCUGUGAAAUGAGCGUCCAGCACUGGCCAAUCAGACUGCCAGGGUACCAGGAGCCCAUGCCCUUUGUGACGAGCGAUGUGUAUUCCUUUAGGGGCAGCUUUGGAGGCAUCUUGGAAAGGUACUGGCUGUCCUCGAACGCAGUGGCUAUAAAAAUCAACGACUCAGUUCCCUUCCACCUGGGGUUUAAUGCCAGUGAAUGGUCGCUCUUCUUUCAGGCCAGGUAUAAGGAUUCUCCCUACAAACCUCCACUUGGGCAGCAGCCUUUCCCGGAGCUAAGCUACCGUGUCUGCGUCGGCUCGGAUGUGACCUCCAUUCACAAAUACAUGGUGCGCAGGUACUUUAACAAGCCUUCUAAAAUCCCAUCAGAAAACGCCUUCCGGUACCCCAUCUGGUCUACAUGGGCUCUGUACAAAAAUCAUAUUGACCAGGAUAAACUUCUAGAUUUUGCUGAAAAGAUUAAAAAGUACCGGUUUAAUUGCAGCCAUAUUGAAAUUGACGACACCUACACGCAGACUUAUGGCGAUUUCGACUUUGAUCUGGUAAAGUUCCCUAAUGUGACAGAAAUGUUCAAAACACUGAAAGAAGAAGGAUUUAAAGUUACCCUGUGGACACAUCCCUUUAUAAACUACAAUUCCUCCAAUUUUGGAGUGGGGAUAGAGCGGCAGCUCUUUAUCAAGGAGCCGACAGGGAAACUCCCUGCAAUGGUGAAGUGGUGGAAUGGCAUUGGGGCCAUAUUGGAUUUUACCAAUCCCACAGCCAGGGUGUGGUUUCAGAGCCACCUGAAACAACUGCGGUCAAAGUACGGCAUAGCAUCCUUUAAAUUUGACGCUGGUGAGGUAAGCUACCUUCCAAAGCAGUUCAGCACCUUCAGACCCUUGUCGGAUCCCAGCAUCUGGUCCAGACGGUACACGGAAAUGACCAUUCCGUUCUACGAGCUCGCCGAAGUCAGGGUCGGCUACCAGUCCCAAAACAUCUCGUGCUUCUUCCGCAUCAUUGAUCGUGACUCGGUUUGGGGAUAUGAGCUUGGCCUCAAGUCCUUGAUCCCUACUAUGCUCACUAUUAGCAUGCUGGGGUACCCUUUCAUACUACCGGACAUGAUUGGAGGAAACUUUCUGCCAAACAAGACGGAAGGUGCUGUUGAAAUCCCAGACCAGGAACUGUACAUCCGCUGGCUAGAGCUGUCGACCUUCAUGCCCUCCAUGCAGUUCUCCAUACCCCCCUGGCUCUAUGACAAGGCAGUGAUUGAGAUUGCACAGAAGUUCACAGAGCUGCAUGAGUCCCUGGUUGCCCCUCUCCUGUUGGAGCUGGCUGGGGAGGUAACCAACACGGGAGACCCCAUCAUACAGCCCAUCUGGUGGAUUUCUCCCAGUGAUGAAUUCGCUCACAAGAUCGAUUCCUAGUUCCUCAUUGGGGACACCCUCAUGGUGGCCCCUGUCCUGGAGCUGGGCAAGCAAGAGCGAGAUGUGUACCUCCCGGCUGGCAAAUGGCGCAGUUACAAAGGGGAGCUAUUUAAGAAGACCCCAGUCCUGUUAACAGACUAUCCCGUUGACUUGGACGAAGUUGCUUAUUUUCUUUGGGUAUCAUAACAAAUGUAGCCAUCAGUUUUAAGCUUUGUGAAUGGGUGAUAGAUUGAAAAAAGUAGGCAGCUCUGAGUUCCUGAGAUAAAUAAGCUGCUCUGUGACAUUCUAAAUAAUAAUCAUGAUUCCAAUUGCACAGAACCAUUUUUGUGGA